CACAUCAUUUUUUUGUUGAGAAAAUGAGGUGCUGCUGUUGUGCAAAAAUAACAAGCCAAGAACUAUGACGCAUCAAAAUCAUCAGACAAACGGCGCAAGUUUGGAGGAUUGCCAUACAAACUUUUAUGCCUUGACUGACUUGUGUGGAAUAAAAUGGCGCAAGUUCGUUAAUGGCGAACGGCCGAAUGCGUCGAGUGAUCCACUGGCGGAUCCCAUUCUCCGCUCCUACUCGCGAUGCAUGCAGGCGGACAUGCUGUGCGUGUGGCGCCGCGUGCAAUCCACCAAGCAGGACAACACCGAUCCGAAUGCCUUAAACUUUGAGAUUACCACAUCGACAACGGUGCAUCCGCCCCUAUCGCUGGCCGCCGCCAAGGAGCUGUGGAUCUUCUGGUACGGCGAGGAGCCGGAUCUCAGUGAGCUCGUCGAUGCGGAGCUUCUCAAAAUAGCUGCGAAUCAAUCGCUCUGGAAUGGCACCUGGAAGGGUGAGCUGACCUACGAAUGCCGCUCGCUGCUCUUCAAAGCGCUCCACAAUCUAAUGGAAAGAUUUGUGUUAACCAAGGAUAUUGUGCGCUUUGGAAAGUGGUUCGUGCAGCCCUGCACUUCCAGCGAUCGUCUCUUUGGACGCAGUUCGCAACAUUUAUCCUUCUCUUUUACGUUCUUUGUGCAUGGGGACACGGUUUGCGCCUCCAUCGAUCUGCGCGAACAUCCCGCCGUGCGUCCUUUGACCAAGGAGCAUCUGGCCGAGGCAGCUGCCGCCUUUGCCGCCGCCAGUGGCCAACAGGCGGGCGCAACACGUGGCGGCCAGGAUGCAAAUGCGACAACACCUGGCAGCACAUCUCCUCCGCUGCCCGCUGGCUCUCCCCCGCUUCUGCUCGAUGGAGGAGCAGCAGCUGGUGGUGUGGAGAAACCAGCAGCUGCAGCAGCGCAGCCAACGCAGGCGCGCAAAGUGAUGUUGGCGCCGUUUGGCAUUGCGGCAAUACUCACCGGGAACAGUUAUAAGGCGAGUGAUCCAAUGGCCGAGAAGAUACUCGAGGAUUGGGCCUCGUUCUUUCCUCUGUGCAAUAAGGACAACACGGACGUGCCACCAGUUGUCGAGGUCGUUUCGGGUGGUCAUAAGAUGUAUCAUCCGACGAACUAUGUUCUAGUCACAGAUCUGGAUGACAUGGAGCACAUGGAAUUUGCCGAACUGCACAAGGCACAAAAUGGCGGUCAGGUGGCGGUUGGAGCAGCGGGUGAAACAGCUGUGCUGGCAACCCUCUCCUCCUCCUGCUCCUCCUCCGCUUCGUCAGCAGUAGCAGCAGCAGCAGCCGCCGCAGCAACAGCAACGCCAGCGAUAGCAACAGCGACGCCGGUGGCAGCAGCAGCAGCAGGUUCUGCGGUAGCAGCAGCAGCGGCCGUCAAAGAAUCGAUACGGGCAGCGACGCAGGCGGUGAGCGCAUUGGAACGUUUAACGUUUCAGCCCUAUUACGAUCAGCGGCCAACAUCGGGAUUUACAUUCAAUACGAACAAUACUCAUAUACCUGCCACGGCGGCCAUUGAAAUGCCCGAACGAUCCUGGCAGGAUUGCAUUAUGAAUACGCUGCACGUUGACGCAGCAGCAGCAGCAGCAUCGGCGGCAGCGACGGCAGCAGCGACAGCUACGUCAGCAACAGCAGCAGCGACGUCAGCAGCAGAUGAGGAGGACAGUAAGCAAACGGAUUCCAAUCAGCAUGUGCAGCAGCAGAUCCAACAGCAGCAGCAGCAGAAGCAGCGACAAAAGCUUUGGAAUUUUGUGGAUCCUAUGCAGAAGGCGCCCUGCAUAUGCAUCAACGCACAAUGCAGCAGCGGCGUCGGCAGCAAACGCCAGCAGAGUAACAGCAGCAGCAGCAGCGGCAGCACAAGCAGCAACAGCAUUGGUUCGCCAGCGCUGCGUGCUGCGAUCGGCUGCGUCACCAGCAGCAGCAGCAGCACAAGCAGCAGCAAAUCAUCGUUCCAGCUUUACCAACAACAACUACAACAACAACAGUACUCAUCUCAUCAACGGCCUGGCACACCUGCAGCAGCAGGCGGGGCGCAUCAUUCCAGUUCCAGUUUCAGUUAUAGUUCCAGUUCAAGUGUUGGCUGCUUCUCCACUUCUGCAUCCUCUUCCUCCUCCGCCUACUACUCAUCCUCCUCGAAUGCUGCUGCUGGUGGCCUCAAGCGACAUAUUUUGCCGUUCCACAAGCGUUUCAAUACUCAAACAGCGCUAAGACCUAACAACAACAACAACAAUACCACUACUUCCUCUACAACAACAACAACAGACACCAAUAUACCAAAACAAAGACAUCUGGCCACCAACUCCUCCUCGACGACGACGACGGCGGCGGCGACGACGACGACGGGCAGCAGUGGAACACCGUGUCACCAGGUGGGAGCUCCUUCGACGUACGCACGCAACUCGCUCGGCUUGGACUCGGCAGCGGUGCUUGGUGCAUCCUCGGUGGGCUCACCAGCAACACCGGCACCUUCACCACACCCGCAUCCGAAUUCGGCGAACUCGCAACCGACCUCGGUGCCGCCGCCCGCUGACCAACUACUCAAUAUGAGCCCACAUGAUGCGCCCACAUCCGUUUCGAAUCUGCAACAGCCGCCGACGCCGAUUGAUCAUCUGCUGGACAAGAAUACGCCGGCGCCGACGCCAACGGAUCAGCAUGAUAGCAAAAGCAUUACGGCAUCGCCGUAUGUGCAUCAAACGCCCAGCGUUGAGCCACCCACGUAUGCAACGUCGGCAACGGAGCAUGGUGGUGGCACCACACAGCCGGGCAGUGUGCCACAACAACAGCCUGCCACGCCCACACCAGCCACAGCAACAGGCACAGCAACAGGCACAGCAGCAGGAGCAGGAACAACUGCGGCAGCUGCUGCGUCCGCUGCAGUAGGAGGAGGCGGAGGCUCCGCCACGCAAUGUGGCACGAUCAGCGUAAAGAAGCUCGAAAUGCAACAACAAAAUCCGGCAACACCAGCGCAAGUCGCCAGCAUCAUCAAACAGGAGCCAGGUACAGCAGGACGCAGCAUGUUGCAGCAGCAACAACAGCAACAGCAAGCAGUUGGUGCAACUAGCGCUAUGGAGGCCGUCACCAAUCUCUUCAAUCUGUACAAGCCGCCGCAGCUGACGCUGAAGGAUGGCGACAAUGUCUACGACGAGGAGUGGCUCAAGGAGAUUUACGAUUUUAGUUUUCAACAGGACUGGGACGAUCUGCCUGUGAAGCGACCCAAGCUGCAUGAAUCCGCCAAACAGCGAAGACCGCGUUACUCCAAAAACAUCUACGAGGGCCACACCCACUUUAAGCCACUGAUGCCAUCGCCUGGCUCCGUCUAUGGUUCCCUGCUGUCCAUUGACAAUGGAAAUGGCGCCGCCAGCUUAGGUGGAGCAACUGCAGCUGCUGGCGAGGCGGGGGCUGCUGGCGGUGGUGUUGGACUGGUGGGCAUUGCCAGCAAUCCCUUUGCCGCCAACAGCGCCGAUGAGGCAGACAAUGCAAUUGGUGGCGGUGCUGGUGGUGCAGGUGGUGCCUCCUCCUUCUUUCAGGGUUUGGAUAUUAAAACGGAACCCGGUCUGCAUUCACCGUGCAAGGAAUCCAAGUCGACGAGCACCGCCGGCAGUGGCAGUGGCAACAAUCUGUUCACCGCCGAGGGCCUCAAUCCGUCGCUCAACGAUCUGGAGCAGCUGUUCGAGACGAGCUCGAAUGAUGAGUGUAGCAGUGCCCAGAUUCACACACCGCCCGAUUCCAAUAAUCCCUCGAACGGGGGCUGCAGCACCGUCACCAACACCAUCGACGAGCUCAAGCGGAGCACAGCGGUGGCCAGUGCCGUUGUCGCUGCUGUCGUUGCCAGCUCCGGCGCCGGCAGCAUUCAAGCGGAGGAUCUAACCAAAAUGUUUCCAACACCCCCGUCGCACGAGCAGCAACAUCCAAAUUCCAGUCCCUGCCAAACGGAUGUGGUAAUGACAGAUCUGAGCAUCGAUACCACAACGACGACAACAACAGCAGCAGCAACUGUUGGUGCUUUGGGUGUUGUGCUCAAGAUGGUCAAGCAGGAGUACAGUGUGGAGUUGGGCAGCCCGCUGGAGGAGCCCAUCGAUGAUUGGAGCUAUGUGUAUCGGCCGCCGCAACAGGAGAAAUUUGUGGGCUCCUCACGCUAUGCGCCGUUAACGAAUCUGCCCAGCCAGAUGCAGCCACCGCUGCAGAUGCCCGCCAAUUGUUUCUACAAUCCCACCUGGAGUCACAGUCAAAAGUCUCGUGCCGCAACGCUGGCCAAGGCGGCUGCUGCACAGCAGCAACAGCAGCAGCAUCAGAAGCACCAGCAGUUGCAGCAACGCAUCCAACAACAUCAGCAACUCCAACAGCAACAUCAACAGCAGCAGCAACAGCAGCAGCAACAGCAGCAGCAACAACAACAUUCGCAUCAGAAACAUCAACAGCUGCACGAGCUGCUCUCAGCGGGACCAAGGACACCAAUGACGAGUGGCAGCGGCGCAAUGCCUUCGCCGUCGAGUGUGCCACAACCGUUGAGCAGCGGUGGCAGCCAGCUGCUGCUCAAUCAACUGAACUGUCCACAGGCGCCACCUGGUAGCUCUAUGCAACAAUUGAUGCAGCGUACUGGCAUUUCACCGAUACCUUCGCCGGUUCAGGGUGGCGUUGUUGUGCCCUUUCCGCGCAGCAGUCCAAUGCAUCUUGGCACGAUGCGACAGACGCCCACACAUCCGCCGCCACCAUAUCCAUAUGAGCUGGCCGCAGCGAGUCCGGCCACAUCCACAUCGACAACGUCGUCGUACCUCAACAAGCAGUACAAUUCGCCGGGUCAUCCGCCAGGACAUCCGCACACGCCGCAAGGCAUCCAUCACCAUAAUGUGUACAAUCAGAUGCCGGGCGGAGGUGGAGGAGGACCUGGUUCUGGUCUGGCCAUGCCAGGCGGCGAUGGCUCCAAGCUGGCCAUGAUGCAAUAUGGUGCAAGUGGUGCUGGUGGUGCAAACUCAACGGGUUUGGGUCACGUGGCCGCUGCCACUGCAGCAGCAGCUGGUGCAAUUGGACUGCUGCAAGAGUUGCCGGAGGUGAACUCGGUGCUGGUCAACAUACUCCUUUACGAUACGGCGUUGAAUGUGUUCCGGGAUCACAAUUUUGACAGCAGCAGCGUUUGCGUUUGCAAUGCGGAUACUCAAAAGAUUGGCAACAUACGCGGCGCCGACUCUGGCGUCUAUGUGCCACUGCCCGGCAGCAGCUUUAAUCCCUUUCCCACGCAUCGUCUAGCAAUGGCAACAUCCAGUGCGGGCCAAUGGAACAGCAGCACUGGCAGCGGGAAUAUGCGGAUGAUUAGUGCCUUUAGCGUUGGGCAGGACUCACCGUUGUUGGCCGGUGCAGGUGGUGCGGGUGGUGUUGGUGGUGGUCCAUCGUCCGGAGCUGGCUCCGGGCAUCAUCAUCAUCAUCAGCAGCAGCAGCAUCAUCAUCACCAACAACAUCAUCAUCAGCAGCAACAGCAACAUCAUCAGCACUCCUCUCAUCAUCCUGGCCAUGGUCCGAAUGGUGGCUCCAGCUCCUCGUCGUGCACACCGCCCAGCAGUAAUCCGCACAUCACCGGCUAUGUGGAUGAUGAUCCCGUGGAAUGCACUUGUGGCUUCAGCGCCGUCGUCAAUCGUCGCCUUUCGCAUCGUGCCGGCCUCUUCUACGAGGAUGAGCUGGAGAUCACCGGCAUUGUGGAUGAUCCGGCGCGCAAUAAACAACCCACGCUGCUCAGCCUUAUUCAGAGUCUGUGCCGCAAGGGCAGCAGUGGCAACAUUAAGCCCGCUGCUGGCGGUGAAUCCGGUAAAGAACUGGAGAAGCUAACAACGACGAGCGGGACGACUACGACUGGGACGACGACGGGUCAACAGUUGGAGCAACUGGCUCAUGCCAUCUUCGAUCUGUUGCUGGAUCAGUGCUCCAUCAUUCAAACGUCGAGCAGUUCGGUGCAUCGUGCGCUGCAAUCGCAUCGUCGUCGAAUGUCCCGCAAUCGACGACUCUUUGGGAACAGUGGGUUCCCGUGCGCAUCGAUGGCGUCCAUUGCUAAUGUGCUGGAAUUUACGGAUGCGCACGAUGUGAUCAGCCUGGCGCUGGAACAGGCUCGCCUCGCCUUCGAAAGUCAACGCAUGGACAUGAAUAUGCUCGAGUUUGGACAUGGACACGGACACGGGCAUGGCCAAGGGCACCAUCAUGGACAACAGCAUCAGCAGCAGCAACAGCAACAUAAUCUCCACCAGCAACAACAAUUGACGGCAUUCCAAGCGGCGCCUGCUCUGCGCCAGAAGCUGCUCACGUUGGGCAGCAGUCGUCUGACGGUCCACAAGUGGCCAUAUCUUCCAGUGGGUUUCACGCGCAGCAACAAGGAAAUUGUGCGCACCAUGAACGCCAUCCAGCCGAUGCUCCAAAGUGCCUUCCACUGCAAGUCGCGUGGUGGCGCCGCCGGCUCCAAGGAUGCCAGCUCCUACAAUACGGUGAGUGGCCCACUCACCUGGCGACAAUUCCAUCGACUCGCUGGACGCGCCUCGGGCCAGUGUGAACCUCAGCCCAUACCAUCGGUUGUGGUUGGCUAUGAGAAGGAUUGGAUAUCGGUGGCGCCACAUUCCAUCCACUAUUGGGAUAAGUUUCUGCUCGAACCGUAUUCGUAUGCGCGGGAUGUGGUCUAUGUGGUAAUCUGUCCGGAUAAUGAGCAUGUGGCGGCGAGUACGCGUACCUAUUUCCGGGAGCUGAGCAGCACCUACGAGAUGUGCAAACUGGGCAAGCAUACGCCGAUCCGUGGCUGGGACGGUGUGCUUCAGGUGGGCGCCGAACGAGAACGGGAUGCAGUCACUCCACUCGAUGAUUGGUUGCGCACCUUGGAUCAUGCACCACUGGCGGAACAGAUCCGGCGAUAUGCGAUUGCCUUUCUCUAUCAGCUGGCGCCGUAUUUGAGUCGUGUGCCCGGCGACAAGACGCUGCUCAAUCCACCCGAUCCCAGCGGCAGUCACUCGAGUAAAAAUCAAGGAGCGACCGCUGGACAGGCACUACCAACGGGAGCCGUAGCCGCAGAGCAUCACAUUGAGCCGAUUAUCAAGCAGGAACCGGGCACGGAAACAUCGCAGUCAGCAACUUCGCAGGAACAGCCGGAUAGCAAAGCGGAUGUCAAACCGGGUGCAGCUGGUACUGGUGCCGAUACCAAGCCAGCACUUGUCCUGGGAGAUCCACUGGGCAUGGGCGAAACAUUGGAGGACAUUAACCCAUCAGCGAUUGUGCUGUAUGUGGUGAAUCCCUUUACUUUUGCCUCGGACAGCUUUGAGCUGGAACGGCUCGCUUUGAUUGCCCUGCUUCGUUGCUAUGCGGAGCUGCUGAAAGCUGUGCCGGAUUCGGUGCGUGCCCAGAUGAACAUACAGAUUAUCUCAUUGGAAUCUAUUAUGGAGCUGGGACCGUGUGGCAAUCGACGACGCUUCUCGGACGAAAUCAAGUGUCUGGCUCUCAACAUAUUCUCACAGUGUCGCCGGCACCUGGUGCACGCACAGCCCGUGAAGAGUCUAACCGGUUUCGGCACCGCCGCCAACAUGGAAGCCUUCCUCAAGACCAAGGAUGAGCCUAAUCGGCGGGCCUACAAAAUGUACACAGCUCCCUUUGUGCUGGCGCCGAUGCACGAGCGCAACGACAAGACGGAUUUCUCGCGUGCCGCGGGCAGCAUGCAUGGCCAGAACGAGACACGUUACUCGGUGAUGUAUUGCAAUUAUUGCCUGAGCGAGGAUCAGUCGUGGUUGCUGGCCACCGCCACCGAUGAGCGGGGCGAGCUGCUCGAGAAGGUCUGCAUUAAUAUCGAUGUGCCGAAUCGGGCGCGACGACGCAAGGCACCCGCUCGCUAUGUGGCGCUGCGCAAGCUGAUGGACUUUGUCAUGGGUCUCAUUUCGCAGACGUCGCAAAUGUGGCGACUGGUCAUUGGACGGAUUGGUCGCAUUGGCCACAGUGAACUGAAGUCGUGGAGCUAUUUGCUGAGCAAGCAGCAGCUGCAGAAGGCCUCCAAGCAGUUCAAGGACAUGUGCAAACAGUGCACCCUCAUGUAUCCGCCGACCAUACUCAGUGCCUGCCUGGUCACCCUCGAGCCGGAUGCCAAGCUUCGAGUGAUGCCCGAUCAGUUUACGCCGGAUGAGCGCUUCUCGCAGAUCUCUAUGCAGAAUCCAUUGUCAACGCCACAAGAUGUGACAUGCACACACAUACUCGUCUUUCCCACCAGUGCCGUCUGUGCGUCCUUUACACGCCAGUUCCAAAACGAGCCGCAGGUGGAUGAUGACUUCAUCUUUGGCGAGGAGGAGGGCAACGAGGACUUCAGCGAUGCGGACAUUGGCGAUCUCUUCUGGGACUCUGCUCACAUGGAACCCUCGCCGACUCAUGGCAGCCCUGGCCGUUUGGAGGACAAUCGCAGUUGGCAAAGUGCCGGCGGCAACAAUUUUAAAUGCACGCCACCGCAGGAAGUGGAAGAGGUGGGCUCACUCAAUCAGCAGCCCAUAUCGGUGGGUUAUAUGGUCUCCACAGCGCCAACGGGCCGGAUGCCGGCAUGGUUCUGGUCCGCCUGUCCGCACUUGGAGGAUGUGUGUCCCGUCUUCCUGAAGACCGCCCUGCAUUUGCAUGUACCGAAUAUACAGAUAGCCGACGAUAUACUCAACUCGACCAAUGCCCAUCAGUCGGCCAACGAUCAUCCGCUGGACUCGACGCUAACAGCCGAUGUCCUGCGAUUCGUGCUCGAGGGAUAUAAUGCAUUAUCAUGGCUGGCCCUCGACUCCAAUACGCACGAUCGGCUCUCCUGUCUGCCCAUCAACGUGCAGACCCUCAUGGAUCUGUACUAUCUGACAGCGGCUAUAGCAUAAACAGUUAGCAGUCUCGUUAUCCAUCACCAUCAAUCAACUCGAAGAAAAUGAAUCAACUUAACAGCAGCAGGAACACUACCAGUAACAGUAACAUAAACAUUAACAUUUACAUUUACAUUACAUCUCUCGUUAACAGCAAUAGUAAAAGUAAACAAGUUACAGUAAAAGUGAUGCAUGCUUUCUUUUGCUGUGUACUCUCUCAUAAAAUAGCGUAGGAUUUCCACACAAGUGCUAUACCAAAUGAAACUCAGAACAACAACAAAACAAAAACAAAAUACACACUUAACUGAAUGCAACACCAAGCAACUAACAAAAUCAGCAAUGCAACAACUUAAGUUAACAGUCCAAAAAAGAAAGAAAGAACUAAGUAACAGAAACAACAACAACAGAAACAUUGUUAACAUAAUGUUAACAUGUUGUAACAUGUCUAAAAACAACGCACAGUUAGUGUUAACCGUGUAGCCUUGUAAUAACAGCAACAGCCUUACAGCCUUAACAGAGUGCGAACAUGAUGAAAAAGAAGAUGAAGAUGAAGAUGAAGAUAAAGAUAUAGAUGCAGAUGAUGAUGAGCAAGCGAUGAGUAAUGAGCGAUGACCGAUAACCGUUAACCGAUUAAGCUGAUUAACCGGAAGGAGAUCGAUAGCGAUAUACUGAUUACCGAUAAGAAGUCUUGAGUAGCAAACAGCAUUACUAUUUAUUAAUUGAGAAUUGUAUAGUGCAAGAAUUGUUUUAUAGGCUGGCGUUCGUUUUAGUGUUUAAUAUUUAUACAUAUACAAAAAGGAAAAACAAAAACAAAACAAAAGAAAAAACAAACCACACAUAGGGGCAUAUUUAUAUAUAUUAUAUACAUAGAUCAUAUACAAUACGCAAGAUUUCAAAAACAAAAACAUAUUUAGUUUGUAAGUAAAAAAAGUUUGUACAUAUUUACAACCAAUUUGCCGUAAGCAGUAAGAACAACAACAACAAUAAUUCUAACAAAAAUACAACAAGCGAAACGUAUAAUUAUACAAUUAACAAAUGAGUAGCUCACAAACAGCAGCAACAACAAAAAAAAAAACAAAAACAAAAAA